AUGGGAUCACAAUGUACUAAUUGCAGAUGCGUCAAUACUAAAAAUGAGGUACUUAAAACUUAGGAUAAUGUGACUUUAGCAACUUCUGAUUCUUCCUCUGUACAUCAAAAAAAAAUAAAAAAAGCUAUCGUUAUUUAAUCGUAUUGGAGAGGAUAUAUAAUUCGUAAAAAGUUGAAAUAAAUGAGACUCAAGAAACGCGAAACUUUGAAUAGUUACAAUUCUAGAGUGGAUGCUAACGAGUUUUUCUUUUCGUCUGGUGUUACUUUGAAUCAGGAUGAAUUUCCAUAGGAAGAUAGAGGACCUCAUAAAUUUAAAGGAGGAGCUAUAUAUACGGGACAAUGGAAGGGUAAGGCAAGAGAUGGUUAUGGAAUAUAAAUUUGGCCUGAUGGAGCAAAGUAUGAGGGCAUGUGGAAAUACAAUAAGGCUCAUGGAAAAGGCAAAUUUCAGCAUGCAAAUGGUGAUGUUUUUGAUGGAGAAUGGGAAAAUGAUACAGCUAAUGGUUAUGGAAUUUAUCAGCAUUUUAAUGGUCCAAAGUAUGAAGGAUAAUGGUUUUGUGAUUAGCAACAUGGUUAUGGUGUAGAAACUUGGUCUGAUGGAUCAUAGUUUUAAGGGUUUUUUUAAAAAGGAUUGAAGCAUGGAAAAGGGAGGUAUAAGUGGGCAGAUGGAUAAGUUUACGACGGAGAUUGGUAUAAAAAUAAAAUACAUGGUAGAGGAAUUCUUUAAUGGCCAGAUGGUAGAAGAUAUGAAGGUGAAUUUUAAAAUAAUAAUAUGCAUGGAAGAGGUAUUUAUUUAUGGCCAGAUGGAAGAAAAUAUGAGGGCCAUUAUUUUAACGAUCAAAAACAUGGUUAUGGAAUAUAUUAAUGGAGUGAUGGUAGAAAGUAUGAAGGGGAAUGGGAAAAUGGAAAGUAGCAUGGCAAAGGUGUAUAUAUAAAUGGAGAAAUUGAAAAGGCUGGCGAAUGGUAUUAGGGUAAAAGAAUUAAAUGGGAUUCAGAUAGUAAUGCAUGA